CGCCUGAAUUUAUUUCGCUCGGAGACAGUGAGAGAGAGAGAGAGAGAGAGAGAAACAAGAAGGAAGGAAUAAGGCGGAUACCGGUGCCCUCGCGCUCUCUCUAUAUAUCUCCCUCCCUCCCUCUCUGCAGUUUUAAAGAAGACGCCCCUCCAGCACCUGCUCCGCUUCGUCUUCUCGCCGUCUCGCAGGAGUUGAGCGGACGUCGCUUUUCGUUGUUUAGACGCUGUGUGUGUUUUUCUUUUUUUUUUUGGAGUAUGACUUCGGCGUACAACCUGGAUUUCCUCCCUCUCACCGAAAGUCGAUUAAUGACUUCGAGCGACACAAUCAACGGCAGCAGCAGCAAGAUGAACGGGUCGCUGGAGCACUUGGACCAGCCAGACCCCGACUCCAUCAAGAUGUUUGUUGGACAGAUCCCCCGCUCCUGGUCAGAAACAGAACUUAAAGAGCUAUUUGAGCCCUUUGGAGCCGUGCACCAGAUCAACAUUCUUCGUGAUCGCACUCAGAAUCCUCCUCAGAGCAAAGGAUGCUGUUUUGUAACUUUUUAUACAAGAAAAGCUGCACUGGAGGCCCAGAAUGCACUGCACAACAUAAAGACCUUAAGUGGGAUGCAUCAUCCUAUCCAGAUGAAACCCGCUGACAGUGAGAAAACAAGUGCGGUAGAAGAUAGAAAACUCUUUGUCGGCAUGGUUUCAAAGAAAUACGGCGAGAACGAGGUCAGAAUGAUGUUCUCGUCUUUCGGACAGAUCGAAGAGUGCCGAAUACUUCGGGGACCGGAUGGUCAGAGCAGAGGCUGUGCGUUUGUCACAUUUGCUACCAGGGCAAUGGCACAGAAUGCAAUCAAAACCAUGCAUCACUCUCAAACUAUGGAGGGCUGUUCCUCACCUCUGGUGGUGAAGUUUGCCGACACACAGAGAGAUAAGGAGCAGCGGCGCCUGCAGCAGCAGCUAGUACAGCAGAUUCAGCAGCUCAACAGCGCCUCCACCUGGGGAAACCUGGCUGGGCUGGGGACUCUUUCACCGCAGUACCUGGCUCUGCUCCAGCAGGCCACUUCUCUCAGUAACCAAGGCAGUCUCAAUGGUAUUCAAAGGCUAGGAGCGGGUGUGAAUCCACUUCAGCUGCAGAACCUGGCCACAUUAGCUGCCGCUGCCGCUGCAGCUCAGAGUUCUGCCAGCCCAACUUCCACCAGCGCUCUGUCUACAAGCAGCGGUGCCCUGGGAGCUCUUGCCAGUCCAGCUGGGUCAACAGCAGGGUCCAGUGCUGGUGCCGUGAACCCCUUGGCAUCUCUGGGGACUCUGCAGGGUCUCACUGGGACCUCUGUGGGCCUCAACAACCUUAACGCUCUCACCAGCAGCGUCAGUGGUAUGGGGGCCAUGAACGGGGGUCUGGGAGCCUCCAUGGCCAACGGGUCAGCAGCCAGCUCUAUGGAUGCCCUAACCCAGGCUUACUCAGGGAUGCAGCAGUACACAGCGUCUGCCCUGCCCGCCCUCUACAGCCAGUCUCUCCUUCAGCAGAGUGUGGCUGGCAGUCAGAAGGAAGUAGGGCCAGAGGGCGCCAACCUGUUCAUCUAUCACCUGCCCCAGGAGUGUGGGGACCAGGAUCUUCUGCAGAUGUUCAUGCCUUUUGGAAAUGUGGUCUCUGCCAAAGUUUUCAUUGACAAACAGACCAAUCUGAGCAAGUGCUUUGGGUUCGUCAGCUAUGACAAUCCUGUGUCUGCACAAGCUGCCAUCCAGGCCAUGAAUGGUUUCCAGAUUGGCAUGAAGAGGCUGAAGGUUCAGCUGAAACGCUCCAAGAACGACAGCAAACCCUACUGAUCCUAGCCCCGGGGCCUUCCCCCUCCCCAGCUCUAAAGCUAGCACUGCUAGGGUAAGUUCACCCUCCAGCCAAGGUCACCAAUGCAGAGACUCAGUGGGGCAAGGGGACAGAAGCCCAUCACAGGAGGGAGACUCGGCCUAUUCCCUAAAAAAGAAAAAAAAAUGUUUGCAAUGAUCUUUCCACAUUUUUGCUGUAUUUCAUUCCUGCGGUUUUGUCAUGUAAUUUGAGUCUGAUUUAGUAUUUUAAUGUAUAUGAUUAUUUAUGACUAUCACUGGAGUCAGUGUUCGCUGGAGGUAUUUUGUGUCACUGUAUUUAGUGGAGAGCAUCAGAUGUUUCCAUGCCAUUUCAUUGCCUUCAGGUCAAGCUAGACAGGUUGACUAAGGAUCAGUUGUUGUUGCUGAAGCCAGGUCACAAGGACCCCCGAGCCCAGAGCUUCAGCCUGUGUUUGGCUGUUUACGCGCAGUUUGUCUCAUCCGUAUCACUGUCAAUGUGAAACUCUUUUCUACGCUAGAUUUUCCAGUCUUCACCACACCUCUCUUCUACCCCCUCCCCUCUGUUUCUCUCUCUGUCAUCUUUCAUUAUCUAAGCCAUGUUGAGCUAGGCUACCUCUCUGUGUCUUUAUUAACAACCUCUUCCAGUCAUUCCAUCCAUCCUCCAAGUCUCCCACAGGGGACUGGCUCUAGAUGGAUCUCUUUGGGUGCCAAGUAUACAGUUUGUGCAUGUUGGAGUCUCUGCCAUAUGUCCUGGUGGUGUCACUUCCUUAAAUCUGUGUAUUGUUUUUUUUGUGUGUCGGGAGAGGGGGGGGGGGGGGUGUUUGCCCCUCCCCCCCGUUGUCCUUACUGUAUAUGUGGUGACUGGCAUUAUUUUUGUUUUUUGUGCCUCAUGGCUAAAUGAUUCUUGUGCUGUGCCCCUAACUUUCUCUUCUCUCCUCUUUGUCCUCUCUCUUUCUCUCUCUCCUCUCUUCCUUUUGUGUUUUUGUUCCUUUUUAGAACAAAUCUCCAUGCCUGUUUGCUCAUCAUUAGCCUAGCAUGUCUUCAUGAUGUUGAAAGCCAAGCCAAACUCCUGGCCCACAUCAUCCCACCAUUGUCUGUGAUGUCUCUCUAAGCUCGCCUGACCAAUACCUGGCCACCCACUGACCUUGACCUUAGCUCAACCUGAUUUUUCUGCAUGUAUAUUCAUUUUUGUUUUCGUUUGCUUUUUCUGUAUAGAAAUGUGACGGGUGGGAGAGAGGUCAAGCAAAUCAAUGUGAAAACUUUACCUAGGUUAAGUUCAUUUGAGUGACCUGUUUUUUGUUUUUGCGAAUGUUUUAAAACCUGUGGGAUUUCUUACUUUUAAUUUAGCUUUGUGGGACUUUUUUUUAAAAUGUUUUUUUUCUUUUUACCUCUCUCAGUAAAGCUCACUUGAAAGUUGAAUACAGGGAUUGGCACACAGCUGUGCUAUUUGGUGCCAUUAGCAAUAUGUUGGCUUCUUAAAAAAAUGCUACAGACCACUUUCCAACACUUUUGAAAGUCUGACCAUUAAAAUCCCUCUCAGUGCUCUGUAAUGAUCUCUACAUUUUGCAGGCAGUGUGAAGAUUUACACCAAGGCUAUUUAAAAAAGAAAAAAAAAAAAAUUCAUUUAUAAAAAUAUCCAGUGUUUUUCUUUUUCUUUGAUUUGUUUUUGGGGUUUUUUGUUUUUGAACUAUUGAUGGCACAAUAAAAGGUACAUUGCUCUGUUGAGAGAAAUGACUACCUACAUGAGUCAACUUUUUUAGAACUGAUUCACAAAUAGACAAUCUGUGGUUUAAAUGCACACUUAGAUUAACUAUAUUUUAUACCAUUGAAUCUAUAGAAGUUUAACUAACAGAACCCAGGCAAAAACGUUGGGUUUUUUGUAGAUUACGUUGUAAUGUCAUCUGUGUUUGGGUAGGGAGGGGGUCAGGGGCGGGAGGGUCUUCAGUGUACUACAUUUUUAAAGAGGACUAAAAAUCUGUUUGAUCAGCAUGACCAUUUGAGGGUCAUUUCUAGUAAAUUAAAAAGUUCAAAAUUCCUCUGCUUUAAUUGUAAUUUCGUUUUCUGGUUUAAAUUCUCUUUUUUUUUUUUCUUUUAAGGGUCAUAUUUUGAGCCUCCCCCCCCCCCCCCCCCCCCCCCCGAUUUUUUUUUUUCUUUUCAUUUUUAUAUCCCUGCUAAACUUCCAUGGUACGUACAUCUUGUCAACUUUCUGUGAAUUUCUCCUUGCUAAUUUAAUUAAUGAAUUUUUCACUUUGGUUUUGUUUGGAUGCCUCGUUGAGAGAUGAUUUACAAUGUCUGUUAAUCAUACAGAUGCCAGACAAUGUUGUUCUGUUGUAUUUUGUUGUUGAAGUGCCCAUGUGUCAAAUAUUUCUUUCGCUCUUUUUUUUUUUUUUUUUUUUUAAACUCACCACUUUGUUUGCUGUAAUAUUACAUAGUUUUGUACACACACACACGCUGCAACACACGCUGCAACACAUGCAAACACACACACACACACUCUUUCGUGGUUGCAAAUGUGGGAGCCCCUGAAGAGGAGAUUACUCGGACACAACACGCAACCUGUGGGUCUCUGCACAUUUUGUUUUUCUUUCCUCUUUCUUUUAAAAACACGCACUCGUGUGACGCUCAAGAAGUCACACAGCACAUUAAAUCGACUUAAUCCACCACAGUAGUGUUGGUUUACAAAUAACAUUCCAUUUUUCUCAGCACGAAAGUUUACACUUUUUUAUCAGGGUGGCAUUUUUGUGUGACGACCCUGGUAAAACAACCACUUCACCCUCCCCUUCCCCCAAAGAAAGGGUUCCCUAAAACUGCGUACCUGAUGGCGCUAAAGAGUUUUCAGCUCAGGGCUCCUUUUUUUUUCCUUUUGUGUGUAUGCGCGUCUGGGGAGGAAACUAGACACUGACGCAGGAUUACCACACAAAAUGCACCGUUAACCACCAUUUGACUUUCUUUUCAGUUGGGAUUUUUUUUUCCCCCUUUUUCUCUAAACUCAAAUAUUCCUACACAAAAAUAAAUAAACUAAAGGAAGGUACCAAAUUUGAACCGGUGCUGGAGGGGGGGAGUGUUAUAGUUUUGUAAGGAAAUGUUAAGCACAAUUGUGGGAGCUAAUCACUUUUGCAGAAUGUCGUGUGUAUGUGUGGUUACGAUCCCAAAUUUUUCCAAGGUACCACUGAUUUCUCUUUUAAUAUGGGCAUGUGCUUUUUACAGUAUUUUUGUUUUGUUUUCUAUCCAAAUGCAAUACAAUAUUCAAAGUGCCAUAUAUACGUCUAGAAACUGCCUACACAUUAUUAGGCCUUGGUUUAGAGAUUGCUGCAGUUCGCCUUUCUAUUUUUUUUUUUUUUUUUUUUAAAUUUUUUUUUCCCUGUUUUUUGGUCUAUUUAUGCCAGUGUCAUGAAAGCUCUUAUCACCUGCUAAUGUCUCCCCUUCUCCUUCGCCUUUACUGUGUUGAGUUAUUGGUAAAUGUGUAUUGUGAUGUACUCAAUUUGAACAGUUGGUUUAAAAAGUUGUAGAUAAACAAUAAACUUCCCUAUACAUUUGAAGGUUAAACGUCUUUCUUAGUGAGUGCGAGCGCGUGUGACACUUGGCGAUACAAACCGCGUGUUUUGGUGGUGGAGUAUUUUUGAAUUUAAUAAAACAGAGGUACAGUGCAGAAGAGUCAGCGUGGGUGCCAUGUGUCGGUCACUGAAAUGACUGCAGGUCUGUGGUGAUGCAGUGCAUGGUGAAGUGUUACUCUGAGUGAUUAUUGUUUAAAAAAACUUAAAGGGGGGGGGGAAUAAAGCACAAUGUAUAGUCCACAGCAGUCCCAACAGGAACUCGACUCACUUCAGGGGCUUCCAUCACAAAUCCUGAUUAAGCUCUAACAAUCACAGUUUCUUCUGUUGGUUUUCAUAUUCUGAAGUGCUUUUUUUCUUUUCUUUUUUGUUUUUGACAGUGUGGUAGCUUUGCAUCUCUAUAGAUAUUGUCUUGAUCUAUAAGGAAAAAGAGUAGAGAAAAAAAACCAAACUUUUUCUGUGUUAUUUUUCUUGUCUGAUAAUCGGUAGGACUCUGUUCAUGUUCCACCAAUAAUUUAAUAGAUGUUUUUUGUCUUGUCUUGAUGAAAGCCAAAGUGAGUGCAUCUUGAUGUAAUCUGUAUUAUACACACAGUACAGUUAUAUAUAAAUAUAUAUAUUUUUCGUUCUGUUCAAUUACAAAUUUUUGAAACUGGGUGGGAUUUGAAAAAGACAAAAAAAGACAUACAUAGGCUGUCCAAUUUCUACAACUGGUGGUUCAUAUGUAUUUUGUACCAGUGAAGCUUUUUAUAUUGGAAAUUAAAGGAGGGAAAAAAAAAAAAAAAUCUAUAUUGGGAAAAAAAAUUGUCUGGCCUCUCAAUGUGGCCUUGCCUUGACCAGUUCUUGAGUCUGGCCUCUUGCUGGUGUCAAGCAAUUUUUUUUUUUUAAUUUUUUUUUUUCUUGCUUUUGCCACUAAAUGAUGCCUGAUUUUUGAUCUUCUUUGUCCCCCUUGGAUCUCUGUGUUCCUCACUUCAUGAAUCAGUUUCAGGGGAGGGGGUGGGGUUGGGAUCCUCUAAAUUGUGGUAAGUUUCAUGUUAGUAUAUUUGUGCUGUCCACAUACUUUAAUGGUCAUCAGGAUUUUUGACAACUUGUGUGGAUAAUUGUCUUAGUUGAAAAGGUAACUGUUUAGUUUGAGCCUUGCUUUUUACCUGUGUAGAGUUUUGUUCUUUCCCAUAGUGGAGUGCGUAGCUGAAAGACUGUUCUGUUUUUGGUUUCUUUUUCUUUUGGGUCGAUGUUUGUUUGUGUGGUGUGUUUCUUUGCCUCUGUCUCCGAAUUAAACCAUUUCCCCUAA